AAAUGAGGCAAUUAUUUUGGUGUCUUUCUGCAAAUAAAAAGAUUCCCACAAAGCAAAAGAUCUAUUGAACAAAAUUCACUGUUUAUUAAUUAACAGAGUCGGAUACCCCCCCCCCUCUUUCCCUCCAAUCAUUCUCUCCAAUUGUGUGCGAUUUCUCUCUUUCUCUCUCUAAAAAAGAAAUUGGUACCCAAUUAUUUUCUCUCUCUAAAAAAAAUACUCACUGGUGAUCCGGCGGGAGAGAAGGAAGUGAAAGAGUAGAAGAAAGCAAUUCCUAUCCUUCUACGGAACUGUUUUUUUAUCUCUCCGACUUUUGUUUAUUUGUUCGUUUCUGUUUUCCGUGUAAAUUCAUUUCCACCCAAAUUAGAUUUUCUUACAUCUUCUCUUUUGGCUGUUUUUAGUCUUCUUCGCGAGUUUUCUACCUCUCACUAAGUAGUUUUCGCAGGAAGUGAUUUCAAUGGAGCAGCCAUCGAAAAAUCCCUUUGCCGGUCCUUCUAAGUAUCCUUUCGCAAACAUUCCCGAGAAAGAAAAAAAUGCGUGGAAACUUCCAAGUGGAGUUGGUCCGUAUCACGCUUCUUCAGACGCUAGCCUGUUUUCCACCUCGUUGCCUGUCUUUCCACAAAUGAAAUUUAAUUUUAAAGAAUCCGGACAAAUUGGCCAAUCAAUUGAUGAUGAAUUCCCAAGCCUUAGUAAGGUUCGUCUACAAAAUGAAUCCAAGAAUGCGCUUGAAGAUAUUGAACCAAGUACAGUGGGAAAUUUUCUACCCGGUGAUGAAGAUGAACUUUUAGCUGGUAUUAUGGAUGACUUCGAUCUUAGUGAAUUGCCAACUCAGCUUGAGGAAUUGGACGAUGAUUUCUUUAGUGGAGGGGGAUUGGAAUUCGAAUCCGAAAGUCAAGAUAAUCUGGUCAACGGUAUAUCAAGGCUAAGUACAUCGGAUGGUAUUAGUGGAAGCAGCAUUUCGGCUUAUGCUUUGACAAACGGUGUUGGAACUGUUAGCGGCGAACACCCGUAUGGAGAGCAUCCUUCGAGGACAUUAUUUGUCAGAAAUAUCAACAGUAAUGUCGAGGAUUCUGAACUAAAGUUGCUCUUUGAGCAUUUCGGAGAUAUCAGAACCCUUUAUACUGCCUGUAAACAUAGAGGAUUUGUGAUGAUAUCAUACUAUGAUAUCAGAUCUGCCCGAACUGCAAUGCGAGCAUUACAAGGCAAGCCUUUAAGGCGAAGAAAACUUGAUAUUCAUUUUUCGAUUCCGAAGGAUAACCCAUCCGAAAAAGAUAUUAACCAAGGAACUCUAGUGGUGUUCAAUCUGGAUGCUUCUGUAUCCAACGAUGACCUUCGCCAAAUAUUUGGAGCUUACGGUGAAGUUAAGGAGAUAAGGGAGACGCCUCAUAAACGACACCACAAGUUCAUAGAGUUUUACGAUGUUAGAGCUGCAGAGGCGGCUCUCAAGGCUUUAAACAGAAGUGACAUAGCUGGGAAACGCAUAAAGCUCGAACCUAGUAGGCCUGGUGGGGCCCGUCGUAGCUUAAUCCAGCAGCUUAGCCAGGAGCAUGAACAAGACGAAGUUCGAGCAUUCCUUCAUCACGUUGGUUCACCUUUGGCCGACUCUCCUCCAGGUAGCUGGCCCAAUUAUGGAAGCCCAGCCGAGCACAAUUCAUUACACGGAUACAGUCCCACACUAAGUCUCAGCCCCGUUGGAAGCAAUCACUUACCAGGCUUGGCCUCGAUUCUCCCCUCUCAUUUUUCCAGCCCUACAAAAAUUCCACCGAUCGGUAAAGAUCCACUCAAGUCAACUAAUAAUAACACCACACAAGGAUUACCUUUCCAGAAUAAUUACUCUGUUCCCGAUCCUAACUCAAGUUCGAGCCCCGGAGCUGCAUCACCGUUCGAUUAUUCGAAGCCCGGCCCGUCUAGCGUCGGAACACUCUCGGGCCCGCAGUUUCUCUGGGGAAGUCCCACUAUUCACUCAGACAAAAUUACCUCUUCGCCCUUCUCAUCUUCUUCAUCGAAGGGGCAUCCAUUUCAAUCUAGUGGACAGGGCAUUGGUUUUCCUUACAGUAACAACCGCGGUUCGCUUCUUGGUUCACAUCAUCACGUGGGAUCCGCUCCAUCUGGUGGUCAAUUCGAGAGGCACUUCGGUUUCUACCCUGAUUCGCCUGAGAUGUCUUAUUUAAAACAGGCGGCGGCAUUUGGAGUGACGAAUUUCGGUCGUAAUAGUGGGAAUAAUAAUAUAUUGAAUAGUAUUUCUUUUGCUGGGAAUUUCGGUUCGCCUAAUUCUGGAAUAAUGGCAAUGCCGAGAAAUAGCCCUGUUUAUUACGGGAAUGGCUCUUUUGGCGGUGAUGGAAUGAUUGAUCGGAGUCGAAGUAGAAGGGUUGAGAGUGGGACCCAGCAGAUGGAUAAUAAUAAAAAACAGUAUCAGCUCGAUUUGGACAAGAUUGUGAAUGGUGAAGAUAGUAGGACUACUUUGAUGAUUAAAAACAUCCCGAAUAAGUACACUUCGAAGAUGCUUCUUGCAGCUAUUGAUGAAACCAACAAGGGUACAUAUGAUUUUCUGUAUUUGCCAAUAGAUUUCAAGAAUAAAUGCAACGUUGGGUAUGCCUUCAUCAAUAUGGUCUCUCCUUCGAACAUCAUCACCUUCUACGAGGCAUUUAAUGGGAAGAAAUGGGAAAAGUUCAAUAGUGAAAAAGUUGCUACUUUGGCAUACGCAAGAAUCCAGGGAAAAGUUGCUCUCGUCUCUCACUUUCAGAAUUCGAGUUUAAUGAAUGAAGAUAAGCGCUGCCGCCCAAUUCUUUUCCAAUCAGAGGGCCAAGGCACUGCUGAUCUGGAAAAUUUCCCGUCUGGCAAUCUUAAUAUAUUUAUCCGCCAGCCCGAUGGAUCUUACGUAGGAGAUUCUCUCGACAGCCCAAGGGGUGAUUUUGAUGCAUUUUGAAGCCAACUGUUAAUAUAAGUCACUUUUGUAUAUUUUGGCAUAUAUCAAAGUCUUCUGUUAAUAUUCGAACUCGGUUUGUGCAUAUGGUUACUCUUUUUUUUUUUUUUCUUCUUUUGCGAUGGAUACUCGUUUCUGUCUUGAGAGAAUCUUCGAUGAGGCAGUGGCAGCAGCAAAUUGUCUAUAACUGAUUUUAAUUUAACAAAGGAGGAGGAAUGAGGCGAAUCGUCGAUGAAUAUGCAAAGAUUUCUCUCUCCUUUUCUUUUUUUUUUUCUUUCUCGUUUUUUUGGGUCAAUAUAAUUCGAACGUGUUCGACUCUAUUGAUGUAUAGUAAUUUAUAGAGGUGACUUGAGAGUCGGAAGUUGUGUAAUGGCGCAGGGUGGUGUUUCAGAAUUGUAUAGUGAGGGCUAUUAACACACCCCGAAAGUGUUCUGUUUCCGUGGUUUUGUAUAAAUACUCGAAACUCCGUAUUUAUUUAUGGCAUGGAUAUAAACUGUUUUUUUCCGGGAA